AUGGCCAGAAAAGUGGGAAACAGAAUUAACCUCAUUGUGCAUGUCUACCCAGCAAAUAGUCCUGCAGUGAUUAAUUUGUCUGCACAAACUAGUGAGAAAGGUUUAAAGGGCAUUGCCAGUAUUAGAAGGAAAGUUAACCCCACGAAGAAUCCACCAAGCGUUUUCCAGAGGAAAGACAUCUAUGCUACAGCCCAGAAUAUCAUGUUUUAUGGCAUGGGAUCUGGCAGCACUGUGUGUACCAUUGCGACUUACCACACUGUGAAGACCAAGGACUCAGGGAUCCAGCCUCAGUUGCAGAUCCGAGGUGUUGGAUUUGAUCGCACACUAGGAGGACAGGCGAUAGAGCUGUGCCUUCAGGACCAUCUGGCUAAGCUUGUCAACAAACAGCAGCCAUCAAAGAAUGUCCGGAAAAAAACCCGUGCCAUGGCCAAACUCCUGAAGGAAGCCAACCACCUGAAAACUGUACUAAGUGCCAAUGCUGAUCACAUGGCCCAGAUUGAGGUCUUGUUGAAUGACAUUGAUUUCAAGGCCAAGGUUUCACGGCAGGAAUUUGAGGAUCUGUGUUUAGACUUGUUCCAGUGGGUUGCAGGGCCUGUACAACAGGCGCUGAGCAGUGCUGAGAUGAAUCUGAAAGAAAUUGACCAGGUGAUCCUAGUUGGUGGUGCCACCUGUGUGCCCAAGGUGCAGGAGUUUCUGCUGAAAGCCAUUGGCAAGGAAGAGCUGGGCAAGAACAUCAGUGCAGACAAAGCAGCUGCCAUGGGUGCUGUCUACCAAGCAGCUGCCCUCAGCAAGGUGUUCAAAGUGAAGCCUUUCAUUGUUCAUGAUGCAGCUGUUGUCCCAAUCCAGGUUGUGUUCAUUCGUGAAGUGGAAGAGGAAGUUAAAUCCAAGAGUCUGAAGCACAACCGGCGGAUCCUCUUCCAGUGCAUGGCUCCCUAUCCCCAGCGCAAGGUCAUCACCUUCAACUGCUACACAGAUGACUUUGAGUUCCACGUCAGCUACACAGAUAUGCGUUUCAUGAGCAAACAUGACUUGCAAGUCUUUGGGUCCUUGAAUCUCACACGGGUGAAGCUGCAUGGUGUGGGUGAGAGCUUCAAGAAGCAUUUGGAUUAUGAAUCCAAAGGUAUCAAGGCUCAUUUCAACAUGGAUGAGAGUGGCGUGCUGAGCCUCAAUCACAUCAAAUCUGUGUUUUAGAAAAUGGUGGAAGACAAGCCAGAGAAGGAAUCCACACUGACUAAGCUUGGCAACACCAUCUCCAGCCUUUUUGGAGGAGGCAGCCCUGUGCCAGAACCCCCGACUGAGACUGUGCAGGAAGAAGAAGAGAGCCAAGCGGAAUCUGGCAAAGAUAAUCAGAAGGAUGAGGCCGGAGCUGCUAGUGGGGAGGAUGAAAAACCACCACCGACACCAUCCUCUUCUCAGGAGGAAGCUGCUGGAGGGGAUUCUGCAUUUUCAGUUUCUGGAAGUAAACUAGAUUGUCCACUUUUGGCUGAGCUGGCUAUUGCUUGA